GCAAGGGACAGUUCGGUAUUCACUUCCGUUUCUAUUUGGUGAAGUAUAUAAUUUGUGAUCUUGUGUAAAAGACGUUUUAGAGAGUUCUAACCGAUUUUGAUUAACGCUGGCUACGUACUGCCUUGCCUAAUCAAUGGAGCAAAACAACGGCAACGGUCAAAGCUGGUCAAUGCAGCGGCGUGUAGAGGGGCUGGUAAACAAACAUAUGGCAGACAUUGCUUUGGAGACACUCCAACAGAGGCUGUCUUUGGUGUCUGAAGAAAUGAAUCAUUUGUCAAAUGAGCUGACAAGUAGAAACGAUAAUGCGAAGCGGGUAGAUGAUAUCCCGCGACGUUCGGACAUAAAUUUCAACGUGGAACCACUGUCUGAGUCGUAUAGCAGCACAGGGGGCGCAGGAGAAAAGUUGUUCACAACCACCUCCUCCCCGUCAGAAACAGCAGCUCAGCGAAAAAUCAUAACGCUGUUAAUGGAGAUAAAGGAAGAGCAGCAAAGACAAUGGGCAGUUUUGAAGGAGCUGCAAACUAAAGUGCAAGGUCAAGUGUCUGAGGAAGAAGAGGUGGAAUCUCUGGAUAUAGACCUGCCAUUACGGACGAUGGAACAACUGGAUGAGGCUGAAAGACAUUUGGAAGAUGCAGCUGCUCAGAAGAGAAUGGUGGCUCACCUGUCGCGGAUGGGUGGAGCCACAGUGGAUGACGCAGUGCGGAGGCUGAUGCAAGCCGUGCUGUCCUUCGCAGUGGGCUCUGAACUGAACUGGGUAGGAAGAGGUCAGAAGAGGAGUUUCAGAAGCACCAAGCUACAGGGUGUUCUCUUCCGUGCUUUGAAGAGAACCCCUGUAGGAAGGGAAGCCACACAUCACCAGUUUGCGGAUGUUGUGAAGAAGUGGCUGAGGUUUGCUCCAUUCCGGCAAGGUGGCACCGGCCGGAGACAAACCAACAAGCCCCCAACAGAUUACAAGUUCCAUACGGACACAGAGGGCGACAGUCACAGCCAUGUUAGCCCAGAGCAAAAAGAUUUAAAGAUAUUUUAAGUGUCUGAAUGCUUUAUCAAUCUGACAUAUCCGGUGUGGUGCUCUCCAACUUGAACAUAGAGUUUCUAAUGUACAGGGAAUGAUGUAUGACUGUGAGUGUUAUAUAUUACUGUUGAAUAACAGUAUUUUUUUCUUGUUUUUUCUCGUACGCCAUUUACUGUGGCAUGUACACAUUGCAUUAUACUUUACAGUGUAUACACAACAUAAACUGUUUGUGCAGUGAUCUUUAUUUGGAGGCUGAGUGUAAGCUACAGUAAGUCAGUAUAUAAAAGACAGGUGGAAUUCUCAUGUUUAAAGGUACACUAUGCAGGUUUAGGUAUUUUUGGCAACUGUAGAACAUCCUCUAGAGUUGUGAUGUAUUUAUAUUUACUUUGGCUUCGUAAACAUUAUAUUACGGUGAACAUCUUGCAUAGUGUACCUUUAACUGAAUGAUCUUUGAUUUCAACAAACACUUUUCCCAUAUCCACUAGGCUACUUCAUGCACAAUAAGUCAAAUCCAGUCAAGUCAAUUUUUAUUACCCCACAGGGGGGAAUUGAGUUGCAGCCAGGUGAUAAGAACACAACCAAUGACGCAACACACAAAUUAAUAAAUAACAAUGAAGACAGCACAACACAGAUAGACAAGGACCAGUACAUAAAGUAAAACACUGCAAGAUCAUUCCACGGAGAGGCCAACAUGAGCAAUAGUCCAAAAGUACAGUGCAAAAAAAGCAUUUAAGUGCAAUAGUGACAUACAGUAAUUUGUGCAAAUUCAGUAUGUUAAUUGCAGUACAGAAAAAGGAGAGUUGAUCAUGUUUAGUCCUGUGGGUGGGCACUAUACCUUCUACCUGAGGGUAGAAGCACAAACACGCUAUAGAGGGGAUGCUCAACACAGUCCAAAAAAGCCAGAGCCUUCCUAAGGACAUGGCAGUCAAGUCAAAGGGUGCCUCUUAUUUGCCUUUUUAUCUAUCCUCUCUUCCUUCCCUCCUCCGUCCUCUGGCUCGUUCCCACACAAAUCUAUAAAGAACACUGGAUAGACUAUCCCAUUGUUGCCGCCAUCAUUCUUUAUCACCCCUAUGACCUUGCCAGCAACACUGACCAACCGACCCAACUUGUUUCACUCUGCAAGGUUAAGGUUGCCUAAUAUAACCGAGAAAGACAGGACUGACUCAAUAAAAUA